AUGUACUGCGGGGGGGACUAGGGAGCGAAAACUGCGAAAUAUUUAGAAAAUUCUUUAGUGUGAUCGUUGAUGUUCGUCGUGUACGUGUCGUGGUUUUCACUGAACGUGUUCUCUUAACCAUUAUCUUCAACAAUCAACAUGCCUCAGCCGAAAUGGUACCACAAAUCUCUGGCAGAAUUGUGUAUGGCCAGUAUCGUCGAUAACAUGGAGAAAUGGACGGCAUUACGUAGUUCAGUGCACGUUUCCAGUCUCUUUUACCUUCUGCCUUCACAUUGUCUGGAGUACAUGACUCUUGAAUGGGUCGAAAGAAACCACUGGGAUAUUACAAAGGAGACUAUUGAAUUGCUCCUGAACCCACACUUGAAAAUUCUGGAUUUAUCUAUAAGUAAUAUGCAUAUAACUGACAGUUUUCGCAUCGUGCGUUUAGCAUCGGUCAGAUGUUCGCAACUCACUACACUGAAGAUAGGUUUUUUCACAAUAAAUCAAGCAGAAGAUACUUUUACUCCCAUUUUGCAGCUUUUCGAACACCUGCAGAUCCUUGAUUUAUCUGGCACAAUUUACGGUGCUAGUUGCAUGAUCAAUCUUGGAUUAAUUGAUAAACCAAAACUAAGGAAAUUGCGAGUGAAUUCGUGCCCUGGCGUGACCGAUUCUGUAAUGCAAGAUUUCUGCAACGGUCAAAGUUCCCUUCAGAAAUUAUCAGUUUAUCGAACGGAAGUGACUCAUAUCGGAAUUCGAUUUGCUAUCGAACAUUUACCAGAGCUGAAAGAAUUAAAUUGCGACAAUGAGUCUGAUAUCCUCAAAGCUUUUCGUAGAAUUCGUAAUGACGACAGAGAAUCAAAAAAAUAUUCUUUGACCAAGUGGAUGUGGAAUCCGCCAGAAGAAGUCUCCUAUGAAAAAGGCAGCGUUUCAUUGAUCGUUGACAUGUGUCCGUCGCUUGUUGAUGUUUUCAUACAAGUAAACGACGAAGGAUUUACGGAUGAGGAGUUAUUAGGUUUUCGAGAACUUAAACAACUAAAACAUUUCAGAAUUGGGAUAUCCUUCAUGCCGUCAGUCUCUAUUCGUGGCGGAGUAAUUCCUCUUCUACAAGCUCGUGGCCAUACACUUGAAACGUUAUUUUUAUCGAUGGAAGUAACGAGCGAAGAAGUCGAUCUCAUCAUCGAGAGCUGCCCGAACAUUCGCCGUUUGCGACUUGUAAUAAAGGGUACUGAUCUGGAAACUCCCGAACCGGUGGUAGAUGACCUCGUUCACUCUUCUCUUCGUUCCCCAAAGGAAGUAUUUCCGUUAAGGAUGCUGGAAGAAAUCUCUCUGUCUUCUCUGUCUUCUUAUUUUUCUCGAUUCGCUAUUUCACGCAAAUUGUUGCUAUUGCUUUUGUCUUCCCCUGCUCUUACAGCGGUUUGCAUAGUAAAGUGUUUUACUCUUGAUGACCAGAUCAUUGAGGAAGCUUGCGCUAGAAACAGUUUCAAGUAUUUGACCAAGUUAAAGUUUCACGGUUGUUCUAAUGUGAGCCAGAAAGGCAUCGAUUUUUUUCUGAACGAAGCGAAUCCUUUGGACGAAAUUUCUUUAAAUGACUGUGGAAAUGUGAACCCUGAGCGUAUGAGAACCAUGGCUCAAGAGAAGCAUUGGAAUUCGGUAAAAAUAACUGUUGAAGAAUAGAGGUGAUCGCAGUGAGAUGGGCGGACAGAAAUAAGAUCCAAUAUUUCUUUUAUAAGUUUCAUUUCCUGUUCGAACACUUUUUCUUUAUGUUUAUAUGCUUUAAAAAGAAAAAAGAAUAUUGUUUUUGUCAAAAUUCUUUUUAUCUGUGGUACUCAGGAAAUAUUAAAGAAAUUCAAUAACA